AUGUCUUCCUCUUCGCCCGUCGCCCAUGCUUCGCCUCACCUUCGGAAGCCGCUCGACACCCAAAGGGGCACUGGCGGUGAUAUGUCUAUGAUAUUCUUCGCCCAACCAGACUGCCCCUCUAGAUUCGCUCACCAGGAUCAGCAUCUCAUCAAAGGCCUCAAUGCCGAAACGCUCGCCCGCAUCUUCCUGCCUCCACCCUCGUGGUUGCUGGCUGCGGAAUAUGCGCCCUUGCGGUCCGAAGUUGACGACUCGCCGCCGUCCAUCUUCUUCAGUCUCAAUCUCUCGAUUUACAAUCAACCUAUUGUUGCCUCGGAAUGGAUCGAAGAGUGGUUCCUCAUGAAUGGCCGCGUCCACCCUUACGCACUUGUGUGGGAGGUUGAGCAACAUGACGGUCUAGAAUCGGAUGCAGGCCGCACCCUUCUCUAUACCAUGCCCGCCCUCAUCGUCCGUGAUCAAGGCUAUCAGCCCGUUCUUCCCAGGCUCUUUGCCUCCAUGGACAGCUUCCCCCGUGUCCCGCCCGUCGUUUCCUUCGCCGGCCCUAUCGUCGGUCCUGGCCACUCCUUGCUGCGACAGGACCUCCUCCCGGGACUAGACACCACCCAACUAAAGUGCUGCGGCUUCAUUCAGCUUUCCACUUAUCUUGCCCCAGGGAACCCCGACAAGACUCCAUUCAGAGGCUUCCAUCCUUUCCAGGUCUUCGUCAUCUUUCCCAUUCACACGAAUCCCUGGACCAUCUUGUGCAAGAAAAUGGCCGAGAGGCGAGAUUCUCAGUUCCAGCCUAGCACCCAAUUCACCUGCACAGGCAAAGUCGCUGGCCUGCUCGACCAUCGCGUCAUGGUCCACCCGCCAGGCUUCGAACGAGACUAUAUCUUUAUUAUCGUUCCCGAUUCUUGGACGUUUCUCGACAAAACCACCACUACCGCAACCCAACCGGCCUUGCCUCUCUCAACGCCACCAAAUCGGCAAACAUCCUCGGCUACCUCUGCUUUCCAGGAUAUGCGCGCUGCCUGCUAUUCAGUGGCUACGUCGAGCUCUCUCCCACCGAGUCCUCCAACUUCAUCUUCAGGCCAGCCCGAUACACCACCACCACUAAAGCGGCACUACCCUGACCAUGCCCAGGCGCCGACAAAGAGGCCGCGUAGUCGGAUCGCGAGGGGCAUGAGGGCGAGCUCGUCGCAACUCAGUGAGGCUGUGGCUAAACAGAGCCAAAAUAAGAGUAGACGGAAGAUCUCGAUGCGUCUCACUGUCUUCCUUGCGAGGCCUGACCUAUGGGAAAUACUAGACGAAGACGAGGAGCCCCAGUGGUCUCUGGCUAGAGAGCUGCUGAAGGUCGCUUUGCGCCCCUUCGUCGACGAGGAACCGUCUUUACCUGUCCACUUCUGGUUCGACCGCAUCUUCUUCCCUCAGUUCAAGGACAAGCCUGCCCUCUCUUCUGUUCUUCAAUUCGACAAGAGACUCGUUCAAAACGCUCAUAUUAAAGAGGGUAUCACGGAGCUGAGCGACCUCGACUGGGAGAGAAGACAGUCGCAGAGCUUUUCGGCGAGGACUGCCCUUUUCGUUCCAAUCCCCGAGCUGUUGAUCAUACCAGCCCGUUGUUAUUGGGUCAAGCAGAUCGUCUAUAUCGAUAGAAUCGACAGCGGUCAUCAUCUGGGCAAGCCCAUCUCGAGCCGCAGGCCCUAG